AUGACGGAAACCGAACUGGACGGAAGCGACAUCUCUUAUCUCUCUUUCGAAAUUCUAUUCUCUUUCUUCAUCAAUCUCAAACCUCCUCUCUUCUGUUUCCCUCCACCCUCACAGACUGUCAUACGCUCUCACCUUUUCUUCGAUCUUUCCUUCUACAUUAUGCAUUCUGGUCUUUUUGCUUCUGUUGCUGUUAGUGGCAAUUGUGCCGACGGUGGUAUUUUAGUUGCUGUUCUACGAGAUAACGUGAAUUUCGUUCGUCUCCUUGUUUGCCUCUCUCUCUCUCUCCCCCCUCUCUCUCUCUUAUUUCAUUUGUUUCUUUCUAGCCUCCUUUCCCUUCUUUCUUUCUUUCUUUCUUUCUUUCUUUCUUUCUUUCUUUCUUUCUUUCUUUUCUAUCUCUUGUCUCUCACCGCUUCUUCAAUUUCCGCCACACUUUUAUCUCUCCCUUUUCUAUUUCAUUUCUUCUCCGUUUUCCAUUCUUUCUUUCUACUCUUUCUUUCUUUAAUCCGCCCUAUUUCUUUCUUUCCCUCUUUCUUUCUUUCUUUCUUUCUUUCUUUCUUCAAUCCAUCCUAUUUCUUUCUUUCUUUCUUUCUUUCUUCAAUCCACCAUAUUUCUUUCAUUCACUCUUUCUUUCUUUCUUUCUUUUUUCUUUCUUUCUUUCUUCAAUCCACCCUAUUUCUUUCUUUCCCUCUUUCUUUCUCUCUUUCUUUCUUUCUUUCUUUCCUCAAUCCACCAUAUUUCUUUCUUUCACUCUUUCUUUCUUUCUUUCUUUUUUCUUUCUUUCUUUCCUUCUUCAAUCCACCCUAUUUCUUUCUUUCCUUCUUUCUUUCUUUCUUUCUUUCUUUCUUUCUUUCUUUCUUUCUUUCUUUCUUUCUUUAA